CACCCCUCUCCAACCAUGGGUGGGGGUGGAACAAUGGGAGGAAAAGGCGAUGGAAGCAGGAAAAUGGCAGCGGCGUUGGCAGCGGCGGCUUUAGCGGCGUUUUCGGGGAGCGGCAGUUCGCGGCAUGGCGCGGCGCCCACGGCCUCCUUCCGGGCGCUGCUGCUUGCGGUCCUUUCGUCCCUGUUCCAGGUUUCAGCUGUGGAGGUAUACACGCCGCAAGACUUUCUUGUGGAGAAUGGGACUGAAGCAAAGCUUCCAUGCACUUUUACUUCCACAGAAGUGAUCAGCAGUUUAGCUUCUGUUGCCUGGAGUUUCCAAGGCGAGGGAUCGUCAUCUCUUGUCUCGUUCUUCUAUUAUUCCAAUGGAAAAGCAUAUCCUGGGAAGAGUACACAAUUUGAUGACAGAAGCAGCUGGGCUGGAGACCUUAACAGAAAAGAUGCAUCAAUCACUAUAGCAAACAUGCAAUUUCAGGACAAUGGAACGUAUAUCUGUGAUGUUAAAAACCCUCCAGAUAUAGUUGUUACACCAGGAAAAAUCAAAGUCAGGGUUAUGGAGAAAGGUAACUUGACUGUAUUUCCUCUUCCCCUUGUGUUAGGGGUAACUGGUGCUGGCAUUCUAGUUUUAAUUUUCAUCAUCAUGCUUAUUGUGUGCGUUAUGAUCAGAAAGAAGAAUUCCAAAAAGCAUUAUUCUGGCUGCAGUACCUCUGAGAGCUUGAUGUCUCCAGUUAAGCAGGCUCCACGGAAGUCCCCCUCCGACACAGAGGUUUUGGUAAACAGCGUGCCCAUCCGAUCUCAUCAGGGACCAGUAAUUUAUGCACAGUUAGAUCACUCUGGAGGGCAUUACAGUGACAAAAUCAACAAAUCAGAGUCUGUAGUCUAUGCUGACAUUCGGAAGAACUGAGAAGAUUACAACCUAUCCGAAGCUUAACAAAAGUUCAAACUGGAAUUGCUUGAAGAAAAUUGACCCAGAGAACUCAUAUGUGGCCUUUGAUGCCUAGGCUAAGACCAAUGCAUAUGCAUACAGAGAGAAAGAGAUUAUAUAUGAACUGUGUGUAAAUAGUCUAUUUAAUCAUACAGAAAUGAGAGCAAUGUUGCAUGUUAAAAUAUGAUGAUAAUUCUGCUUAUAAAUGGCCAAAUAGUUCAUUAUAUAUUUAGGAAAAGGGGGAAAAACAAACAUUCAUGUUACAUCUUUAGGCAAUUUGUCAAUUGUUAUAUGGAAAAACUGGAAAUACUUGGAUAUUCUAAUGGAAUUGGUACGUUUUUAUGUUACUUUUGAAAUGGACACAAGAACUACUUCUGCAUGAUUUCUCUUAAUAUUUUUGCAUUUUUUUACAGAUCUAAUUUUUCAUACAACUUAUGUCUUCUUCUACUCUAAUGUCCUCCUUUUCCAGGAGAAGUAAUCUUUACCUGCUUUAGUUUCCAACCUAAUGGAAGGCAAAAUUUUGUCUUCAAGGAAUUUACAGGCAGUCUCCCAUAAACAAACUUAGAGACAUAUAAAAGUUUUAAUCAAGUAAUUUUUAUAGUACAACAUUAACAAAUAUCUUGAAAUGUUUUUAUGGCUCUUUUCUGGUUUCAGCAACAAAGAUGAAACUCAGUUACCUCUUUGAGCAAAAUAGGGUGCUGAUUUUGAUGUGCCUUUCUAUAAUCUAUACAUCUCUUCACAGUAGUCUACUUCUAAGAGUUACAAAUGGCUGGUUAAUGUUGCAAUUGCAAAAAGAAAUGGUUACAACUUAAUAUUUUAUGGCACUUCAUGGAAGGCAUAAAUAUAUUAGGACAGUUUUAGUGCCACUAGUUCUUAAAUCUCAUUCAAAUUUACUUUGAAACUUAAAUAGCUGUGUACUUCUCUACUGUGGAAGAAGUCUGUUCCAUUGCCUUUCAUCUUUAUGAUGUCAUUCCUAUCAACUCUGAAUCUGCUCUCUCUCCCUCCCUCUACCUCAGUGUUUCAGGUAAACUGGUGCUAUUGCUUUUUUCUUAAGUACUUUACAUGCCUAUAAUAUCUGCUCAUACGUUUUUUCAGCUUUUUACAUGAAAAAUAGAUUUAAGGAUUCUUUAAAAAAUGGAGCUUUUUCAUUGAAAUAAGGACUGGCUAAUACUAAAUUGCUAGUCUGUGCAGCACACAGGAAGUGUGCAUUGGGUCUCCAUAUUUGUAGAGGUUAUGUGUGAACAUGCAAAACUUUAAAUUCUCUGAAAAUUUGUACUCUUGUCCCAAUAUCCCUAGAUCUAAACACUUGGGCAGCUAUUUAGAAUUAUCCAAAAGAUAUUUAAAUCUAUUUUAAAUGACUUUAGUGUGAUUUAGAAUAAUGAGUAACAUUUUGAGCCAUAUUUAUGGAAACACUGUAUCAAAAUUAUAUUACAUACUUUACUGUAAUUAAGAACAAGGCAUGCAUCAGGGUAUUCACCACAGAAUUCAUUACUCGUCAGUAAUAGGGUCUCAGUGAGUGGCAAGAAAUAGGGUUGGCUGAUGCUGAGAUUUCUGUUUUGAGGGGGAUGAGGAGUUUUAGAUGUUAAUGUAGAAGUUGUCUUUUCAGGAACAUUGUAAUGGGAAGCUUUGUUUCUUUUGUUUGAAUCUUUGAACUUUGCCAUGAAUGGUGUUAAAAUAUUCCUUGAUCUUCAUUACAUAAACCAUAUUGUCAUCAUAUUUCUAGAAGUCCAAACACAUUUGGAAUCAGUCAUUGUGUUAGGUUUUUCAAGUUGAGCUGCUUCUUUGACAUAGUUCUUUCUCAACUUCAUCUUCAUACUUGAAACAAUGAAGCAACUCGGUUUUAUCAUGAUACUGUUGUUUCUUGCCUGUCAAUUAAAGCUCUACAACCUCAUCCUCUAUAUCAGUGAUUCCCAACCUUUUCUAUGCUUCACAUUCCUAGGAAAUGUUGGAUUAAUGUUCAUAACCUCUACAAAAAUAUUACAUUUGAAGAUGUAGAAGUCUAAUUUUUGAACAAGAAGUUGAAUCGUAUCAAUACUGCAGAAGAAAUUGAACAAUUAAAUUCAAUUUAUUCAGAAAAAUAUAUAAAAGGUAAAAUCAAUCCCAACUGUGAACAUAAAAUUCAAUGGCAUCUUUGCUUCUGCUUCUCAUUCAUGAUUUUGUCAAAAAGUGGGACUUUUUUUUUUUUGCAGGACUGCAAUUUGCAGGUAUGUCUAUGGAUUCAGGCAAUUUGUAGAUUUUGUCUUGAUUGACAAAAGAGAACUGAAUUUAGAUUCACAUCUAUGUUGUUGCAAAUGUAAUGACAUAUUCUUUUCCACCAAGUCUUGGGAACAUAUCCAGCACUGCACACAAAAACUCUUCCAAAGUCUUGCUUUCAAAUUACAUUCCAUGAGCUCUAUUUGUCCACAAAUCAAUGUGAUUUUCCUUCAGCUCUUCAUCAUCUGGUAUUUUCUCCAAAUUGUAGGACUAUGGAUCCAUAAUCCAUUCUUCUAAAACCUUCAGCUCUCCAGAUCAAACAAUUUUGACAGAAUUUCUAAAUGAACCACAACCUCAACACACACAGUAGGAAUUAUGGAUCCAACAUCAUCAACCAUUUUGUCAAGUGAAAGAAAAUUUGAGAGAUUGCCUCAUUCUAUCCUUCAAGAUGAAAUAUAUAAAUUUUCUUUGAAGGCAUUCAAUUUUUCCCAAAUCUUCAACAUGUUUAUCUUUUUUUAAAGAGAAACACUCAGGUCAGUCAUAUGAGUGAAAAUAUGAGUUAAGCAAAUCUAUGUUUAGGCAAAUUCCUUUGAUUCUAAUCCCCCAACAAGAUUACAUUCAUGCUUCUCCAAAAAAACCCUUUGAUUUCUUCCAGCAGUUCAAAGAAGCAGGGUAAAGCUUGUCUUUGUGACAACAGACUUUUUUGUGGAAAAGCAAAACUGAAUGCUCACUUCUCAGAUCCUCACAAAGUGAUUUAGAGAUGUGAUGGUUUAAAGUAUGCCCCUUUAUCCAGUUGAUGAUCUUCAUACAAAUAUCAAGUACUUUCUUUAAAUUUGGAGGCAAUAUUUUGAUGCCAAAGCAUGCCAAUGAAGAAAAAAUUUGUAUGUGUAUAAUCUUCUUUUUCACCAAUGCAAAAAAAAAGGUUAAUUUCCAAGCAUUACAGGUGCUGUGUCAAUGCACAUAGUACCAAUUUCCUUGACAUCCAGAUCAUGCUUAGGGAAGAAAUCUUUCACUAACUGCAUCACAUCCUUUGCAGUUGUGUUUGUUUUCAGAUGUUUACAAAGCAGGAAGUCACCCUUCACAGUACCAUCAUUGACAUACCUCACUCAUGUGAGUUGACUACAGCUGGAGAAUCAAUUAAAUGGAGAUUUUAAAAGGACUAGGUCUGACAUUUGAGAUGAUUUGGCCCAAAAUAUCUUCAUUCAAAUCAAUGAUUUGGUUGUGAAGGACAUUAUUUGGUAGGAGCAACUGUUCAAUAUUUUUUUCUUGCUUCUUUGCUCUGAUAAUUGUUGCCAUUUCUACUGCACAUUUAUUGUUCAGAUCUUUUGCAAUAGUAUGAGGCUUCUUGGAUUUGGCCACUUUAGAUUCCACUUUGUAUGACACAAGAGGUAGGGUUUUUUUCCCAACAAAAAUGCAGUCUAAUUUUGGAAGAGUUUCUUGUGAAUCAAAACAAGCUCUUUUGAUUUUUGAUGACUCAACAUCAUGUCCUUCAACAUCAGCUGCCCCAUGCUUAUUCUUGAAAUGCUCUCGAGGCUUGGAUGGCUUCAGAUUUGAGCUGGAAAACACAACACUGCAAAAAAUGCACUGGGUCUUUUCCAAACCAACAUUUCCUGUUGUACAAGUGAAAAGAAAGCACAAAUAGUCAUCAUUCCAUUUUAUUUUAUUUUAUUUUGACAUGAAAUUUUAGUUUGUAAAACAGAAAGAAAAAUAUAUGACUAAGUGUGAGAAAAACUAUAAUUAAAUCAGGGAUGUCUGCUUUAUUUAGUCCGACAUACCUAUAGCAAAAUAUCACAAGAAAUACACUUUCAAAUGUUAUAUUACGAUAUCUGAGUUUCAUCAAGAUAAAUCAUCAGGUGAAAACUCUACAGUAGGAAUGUAAAACUCGCAACGUCAUAUGACGUUGCGCGACAUAAGUUCGAUAUGCCUGCUCUACAGGAAUGUGACACAAUUUAUUAGGUAACUCAUACCAUGACACAAUAUGAGAUGAAUUCCUGCUGUGCAUAUAUCAAUGUGUAAUAGACAUGAUACAUCACAACUAUAUCAUCUAAUAUUCACACAAGUGGCCUUAUUUAAAUGCGCUACUCGAGUGAUGAAAUUAGUGAUGAACACUGUCAAAACGCACUCAACCAAUGCCACAAUUUAUAUGGUAGUAACUUCUGGAAGUGAAUGACACUGUGUAGUUGGUCUAUUUCAUUACCAAUAAACUUACACCUGGCUAGUAUGAGUGAAUGAAUAAAUUGUGCUACCAAAAUAUGGUGAAACGAACACACACAAAGGAGUUUACAUAUCUUUCUAUUCAAGCAGCUGGAGAUUGGAGUGUGCUUGAGAUAAAAAGGUACCUCCUGUCUUUUCUUCAAUCCUUCCAUCUUCAGUUCCUUUGAUUAUAUAUGGGAGAAGUCAGUGGCUUUGAGGGAGGUAUUUGGUUGGAUAAAACAGGGAUAAGUGUGGGAUUGGCCAAGUGAAUUUAAGUGAGGUGGUAAGCAAGCUGAGAGGCCCUGAGGGGUGAAAUACUUAAGGAACUCUUGAACUCAUUAGUUUAUGAGGGAAACAAUAUACGAUCAUGUCAGAUUUUGCAUUAUAAUGAUUUUAAAAGCAGUACUCUGGCAAUCAAUUACUUCUAUGUUAAGACUACGCAGCACAACCCCUACUACCACUGCUCAAGGAACGUGGCUGGCUGGCUGAGUGAUGACUUCUGACUCAUCACUAAGGGACACAAGCCCCUUAGUGGCUGCACUCCUUGAAAUUCCAUCUUGCAUCUCCCAGAGGUGUGGGCAGGAAGUCCAGGUUGGGAAUCUGCUAUAAAAACUUGUACCGCUCUUCUCCUAGCCAACUCCUUUAGUUCUUUGGUGGUUUCUUGUUUGGAUUGCCUGGAAUGGUUCCUAAUUUGUCUGGAUUUAUGUAAUGUAAACUUUGGGCCACAGUUUCUUCCAACAGGCAUUUAGACUUGUCCUUGAUGUUCUCCAGUGCAUUAUUUUUUGAAGUAAUUAUGAUCUGUCUUGUAACUAGCUCAGUUUACACUACAGAGUUUUUUCUUUCUCUACUUAGUAUAUUUUGGUAGAAGCAGAAGUAAUUCAGUCAACACAUGAGCCUGAAGCCCAAGUCUUGUUAAGAGAUUACAAAAUCAUGUAACUGUCUGAAACACUUCAUAAUUGUUUCUAUUUCUGUAUGCUGAGUUGCACUUUUCACGUAUUGAAUUCAGAUUCAAACUAAAGUACAAAAAUCUCUCAACUUAUGUAUGAGCAGUGUUUUUGUGGUGCUGUACUUUUCUAUAAAAGACAAAUGACUUCCAGUUGUGAAAGUUAACUUCCCAAACUUUAGACGUGCUAAGAUUUCCUGUCACUAGGUAAAUCCAUUCCAUGCAACAUUGAGCCCUUUUUUACCUUUUCUGCACUUUUAAAAAACUGGAAUUUUUUAUUGUACAAGUCUUCUUUCUUCUCCAUAUUCUCAUAAGCAGCUUUAUAUUGUACUCUUGUGAAUAUUUUAAUAAACCUUUUUCAUUAGUG